ACAAAAUUUUACUCCUAAAUCUUGUACGUAUGAGAUAUCAUGUGCUUCCACAAUUUGUGCUAAAUUGCCGACCUAUAUAAGAUAAUAUAUUUAAUUCAAAAAUUCCCAGCAACUCCUCCCCCUUUUAAAAACGCAUAUAGAGUAAUAUGCAGAGAAUCAUCUUAUUUAAUUUAUGGCACAAACUCAUGAAAUUCCGAUGGCCGCCGCCGUGCUUGACCGCUGCCAAAUCCAGCCGUCGCCGGACACCGUGACGGAGCUUAUUCUCCCGCUCCUCCACUUCGACAUCACGUGGCUCUACUUCCACCCCGUCCAACGCCUCCUCUUCUUCCACCUCCCAUGCUCCAGACGCCAUUUCAUGGAAGUCAUAGUUCCCGAUCUCAAAUCUUCUCUCGUCGUUACCCUCAAUCACUUUCUCCCCCUCGCCGGAAACAUCGUGCAUCCGAUCAACGGCGGUAGACCUUUCUCUCGCUUCGUAAUCGGCGAUUCGGUCUCUUUUACCGUCGCCGAGUGCGAUAAGGACUUUAAGCACCUCACCGGCUACCAUCCGCGGCUGUCCGAUGAGUUUUACUCGUUUGUGCCUGAGCUUCCGCCGGCGAAGAUUUCGCCGGAGGAUGUUGUUCUGCCUGUUCUCGCGCUGCAGGCGACGCUAUUUCCAGAUCACGGCGUGUGCCUAGGGUUUACAAACCACCACGCGAUCGGCGAUGCGAGCACAAUCGUCCGAUUCAUCAAAUCAUGGGCUUCCGUGAACCGAUUCGGCGGCGAUGCGAGGCUAAUCGACGAUAAAUCGCUUCCGUUCUACGAUCGGACCUCGGUGAGCGGCGCCGGCGGACUGGACGCGAAGUAUUGGGAGCUCGUGAGGCGGACGCGCGGCGUGGUGCCGCGGAGGUUCUCGUUCCCGUUCAACAAGGUGCGCGCGACGUUCCUCGUCCGCCGCGACGACGUGGAGACGCUCAAGGCGUUCGUGGCGCGGCGGCGGCCGGAGAUGCACAUCACGGCCUUCACGAUGACGUGCGCGCUGGUUUGGGCGUGCCUGGUGCGUGCGGAGGCCGGAUCGGUGCCCGACGACGAGCCGGAGUACUUCUGCUUCGCCGCGGACUGCCGCGGGCGGCUGGAUCCGCCGCUUCCGGCGACGUACUUCGGAAACUGCCUCGCGCUGGUGAAGGCGCAGUCGAGGCACGGGCUGCUGAAGGGGAAGGAAGGAUUCCUCGUCGCGGCGGAGAGCAUCGGCGUCGCGAUUCAGAACACGGUGUACAACGAGAAGGGGAUCCUCGACGGCGCGGAGGAGUGGCCGACGGAGUUUCGGAGUUUGAUCGGAAAACGUCUCUUUGGCGUGGCUGGAUCGCCGCGGUUCGAUCUCUACGACGCCGACUACGGGUGGGGACGGCCGCGGAAGGUCGAAUCGGCCUCGAUCGAUACAGACACGUCGAUGGCGCUCGGCAAAUCCAGAGAUUUCGACGACGGAUUGGAAUUCACGCUGUCGCGGCCGAAGAGGAUUUUGGAUGCGUUCGCAGCGAUUUUCACUGAAUCGAUCAGGACUUUGUGAGAAUUAGGGCUCAGAAAUUGGGGGUUUUUCCUGCGGCGGCGGCGGAUGUAUUUAAGCUUAUGAAUCUGAAUUUGUUGUCUUAAAUGGACGAUUUAUGGAACGACGCGUGGAAUUCUCUGAUCCAAGAGGUGCAGUACGAGGCUGAGGAGGAGGAAGCGGUGCGAGCGGCGGAACGCACUGCGGAAGUGGCGGAGGGCGCGAUCCCUCGUGCGAUUAGUCGUCGGCGGACCAUCCGACGAGACCAUAGCGGAGCGCACCAGCGUCUAAUGGCGGACUACUUUGUGGAUAACCCCCGUUAUCCACCAGAGAUUUUUCGCCGGCGAUUCAGAAUGUCGCAACCCCUCUUCAACCAUAUAGCGAUGAAAUUGGCAGAGCGUUACUGGUGCUUCACCCUUCGGAGUGAUUGCACUGGCCGGAUCGGGCUGUCUACGCUUCAGAAGUGCACCGCUGCAAUCCGGCAGCUUGCGUACGCCGGACCAGCUGAUAUGUUCGACGAAUACCUACAGAUGGGUGAGACGACUAGCCUCACGAUGCUUAGGCAGUUUUGUAAGGGGAUUCGAGAAAUAUUUGGUGGGGAGUUCCUACGAAAGCCCACCCAUGGUGAGUGUCAAAGUCUGCUGGAUAUGCAUGGUUCGGUCCACGGUUUCCCAGGAAUGUUAGGAAGCAUCGAUUGCAUGCAUUGGAGUGGAAGAACUGCCCGGUGGUGUGGAAGGCCAGUUCACAACUGGAUUCAAAAGCAAACAUCCAUCGAUGAUUCUGGAAGCCGUUGCUGACUACCACUUGCGGAUCUGACAUGCGUAUUUCGGUGUUGUCGGCUCGAACAACGACAUCAAUGUUCUUCAGUCAUCGCCGCUCUUGAAUGACGAGUGUCGGGGCGAGGGUCCAGAAAUCAGCUUCGUAGCCAACAGCACGCAGUACAGUAUGGGAUAGUAUUUAGCAGAUGGGAUAUACCUCGGUGGCCCGUAUUCGUCAAGACAAUUCGCUCUGAUGGUAGGACCGAAGAAAAAAUACUUUGCGCGGAAACAAGAGGGUGCUAGGAAGGAUGUUGAGCGAGCUUUUGGUGUCCUCCAAGCGCGAUGGGCCAUUAUACAGUGCCCGGCACGAGUUUGACAUGAAGAUGAUGUCGCAAAUAUUAUGUUAGCAUGUAUCAUAUUGCAUAAUAUGAUAAUAGAAGAUGAAGGAUUUGCGGCAGAGCGCUGGGCACUGGAAGAGGGUGCAAGUACAAGUAACGGUUUCACCUCCGCGCCGAUCCAGAUGGGCGUACCACGGAGCAAUGAAUAUUUGAUCCAACGUUUCAGUGAUAUGCGCAGGAGCACAGCACAUACCACGCUCCUGGCCGAUUUGGUUGAAGAAGUUUGGGCACGUAGGGGAGGUGGCGGCACAGUUUGAACACUAUUAUGAUGUUCAAUAUAUUAAUAUUUCGUUGUAUAAUUUUACCCCCACUUUAAUACGACGAAAAUGUAGUUUUUAAUUUUAA